UUGCACAGGAAAUCAACUCACCAUUCAAGAAGAAACGCACCAUUGAAAUAAGGAAGUUGGUUGUUGCUUUGCAUUUAUUUGAUUAGAUAUAGGCCGAAAAAGCCAGGUUCUAAGCUACGUUUUAAAACGACCAAUCGGAACAAUGUAGUAGAGUUCAUCUAUCCUGAAUAGGAGCAACAAGUGCAUCCAUCCAACACUGGACUUUGGGAAAAAGCUUCCUCAUCAAUCAUUAAUGAGAUGCUAAUGACCGCGGAGCGGAGUUCAGCCGACUAGAGGGUGUGUGCUGGGGGAGUUGGUUUGCGGAAGGUGAAGGACUCUGUCAACUGGGAUAUUCGUCAUAAGAAAUACGAUCAUUUUUCGGACGUGAGAAGGACCGCAGACAUGUCCCCAUCCGUGUCCCCUCGUUUUCUCUCGAUGAAGGAGGUCUCACGACACUGCACUAAGAACUCAUGUUGGGUUCUGUUGGGGACACGGGUUUACGAUGUGACGGGCUUCCUAAGAAUGCACCCCGGUGGCGAGGCGCUCAUCCUGCGCCGCACCGGGACGGACAUCAGCCAACAAAUGGACGGACCCCCUCACCGGCAUUCAGACAACGCUCGGCGGUGGUUGGAGCAAUACUACAUCGGGGAACUUGACAAGGAUGGAGAUGGUGAUGACACACAGGCUCCCAGGCAAAGGAGGAAAGUCAAAGAGCCCCCAGUGGAGGAGGAGCCAACAGGAAUCAGCAAAUGCAGCAAAGUGGACCUGGAGACGGAUCUGGUGGACUGGAAUAAACCCCUGGCAUGGCAGGUGGGUCAUCUUGGGGAAAAGUAUGACGCGUGGGUGCAUCAGCCUGUUGACAGGCCCAUUCGCCUGUUUGAGUCAGAGUUCUUCGAGUCCAGAACCAAGACCUCAUGGUAUAUGGUCCCAUUGGUCUGGAUCCCACUGGUCAUCUACAUGACGUGGUACAGUUGGAGUCUUCUGGGCCAGGAGAAAACCAAACUGCACAUCACUUCAAAUUUCUCCAUCCUGCUGCACAAGUACAGUUUCCCCGCCAUCUUCCUGCUGGGGAUGUUCCUGUGGUCCCUCAUGGAGUACUGUAUCCAUCGCUUCGUGUUCCACAUGCGGCCGCCUGCACACAACUACUAUCUCAUCAUGAUCCACUUCCUGCUGCACGGACAACACCACAAGUCUCCGUUUGAUGGAUCACGUCUGGUGUUCCCUCCUGGUCUGGCCUCGUUUGUGGUGGGGACGUUCUACCUGACCCUGCGGGCCUUGUUCUGUGAGGGGCUCGCCGUGUCUCUGUUUGUGGGGGGCCUGUUUGGGUACGUGGUCUAUGACAUGAUCCACUACUACCUGCACUACGGAUCCCCAAGCAAGGACUCCUACUUGUACAAUCUCAAGGCAUACCAUGUCAAGCACCACUUUGAACACCAAACAGCAGGGUUUGGAAUCACCACCAAAUUUUGGGACCACCCGUUUAACACAGUCAUCCCAUCUGAAGAGGCCUUCUAAGGAGAGCUACAGAGACAACGCAAACACACACACACACACACACACACACACACACUUACUCUACGCACCCUGCUUCCCUUCACGCUUUGCUGUGGCUACAUUCUUAAUACUCUAUAAAAAUGAGGGAGAUGUCAGCCGGCCAGUCACAUAAGUGGGGCAGUGGCUUGGAGAGGGUCGUUUCAUGUUUGUAUUUAACUGAUUUUGGAUACUGUAAUGGACAAAUAUUUUUUUAAACAUAUGAAUGUUGUUUGUAUGAGAAUAUUUUUAGCACCACCAAAUGGACCCAUCUUAUCUUCAUCCAUUUGCCUAUGGAUUGAGAUGUUGUGUGUGUGUGUGUGUGUGUGUGUGUGUGUGUGUGUGUGUGUGUGUGUGUGUGUGUGUGUGUGUGUGUGUAUGGGUGUGUGUUUUAUCUAUGUAUGUGUGAGAGAGAGUUUUAGUCAGUGUAUAUCAGAUAAAUGUGGAUAUAUGCUUGAAUAUGGAUGUGACUGUGAAUGUGAUUUUACGAGUGUUUACACAGUGUGUAUGUGUGUGUGCGUGUGUGUGUGUGUGUGUGUGUGUGUGUGUGUGUGUGUGUGUGUGUGUGUGUGUUAAAGACAGAAGCAGGUAUUUGGAAGUGUGAGAGGGAGUGUGAAAGUGGAAUGAGGGAGAGGUCCUGUCGUCAUAGAAACAGGAGGAGAGUUGGGUUCUGAAGCUGGUCUGUGGAGAGGCCUGUAGUUCUGUAUUUCCUGUUUGAAAAUGAUCCAGAAAAGAAAGAAAGAAGAAAUGUAAUAAAAACAAAUUUACUAA